UUAGCCUAUUGGCAGCCUGGCUCCGCCCACCGUGCUUUGGCGGGAAGCCCCGUCGAGUGACGCAGUUUGAGUUGUUCAGAGAAGCGGAGAGUGUGAGGAAACUUCUCAUCGUAUUUACUGGGGUUUUUAUUGACGUUUAUAUUAAUUUAUGAGUACAACUCAGGGAUCCAAUUUAUAUAUAAUUCAGCAUCAAGUUAAAUGUGAAUGAAUUAGUACACUAUUACAAUCUGAAGGAAAAGCUUAGUGUAUAGUGAUGUCCGCUGUCUCCCUGACCCUCCGUCCAUCUGUUAUAAAUGUUUGAGGUGCCAGUAGUGAUUUGUCAACUAUUCACAGAACAGCUGAUAAGUGUCUGAUCCCUGUAGGCUUGUUACUCAGCACUGAAUGUGAAAUCAACUGAAAAGCCUGUCAGCAUGUAGCUAAAAGCUAAUAAAUUAUAUGUAUCAAGAUGUUUGCAAGGGACUGGGCCCCUAAGGUCCACCCAUAUCAUGUGCAUCCUAUGACAUAGAAGAACACUAAGGUCAAAGGAGAAGAGUUGGGGAGGUUUUUGGAACAAGAAGCCAGGACACUUCCAUGACUGUACUCCUCCAUCAUUUUAUCCCCUUGCUCUUGGAAUGUAAUGAUAAUCAAGGCUACGAAAAUGUUGACAAAGAAAAAAGGGAAAACCACAAAAUAUACGACAUAAAAGAUGGACAUCUCCAUGCGAAAUCCAGGCCUGGGACCUUGGUCUUCAUAGGUGGCAUCCACAGAGUGCCUGAGUACACUGUGAAAAUAAAUGGUUCCUCCGCGUGACGAAGCGCUUUCUCCCGCACUUGGCUCAUCUGUGUCUGAUCAGCACCUUCCUGGAGGACGGCCUGCGCAUGUGGCUGCAGUGGAACGAGCAGCGGGACUACAUCAGCAUGUCCUGGGGCUGCGGGAUGUUCCUGGCUACUGUCUUUGUCCUUAUAAACAUGCUGGGACAACUGGUGGGCUGCGUCCUGGUCCUGCUGAGGAAGUUCGUGCCGUACGCCUGCCUGGGCCUCUUCAUCAUCAUCGUAUUGCAGACCAUUGUCUACAACAUCCUUUGGGACGUAAAGUUCCUCAUGAGGAACAUGGCCCUGGGUGGGGGUCUUCUGCUGCUCCUGGCAGAGUCCCGCUCUGAAGGCAAGAGUAUGUUUGCUGGUGUGCCCACUGUAGGCGACACAUCACCCCGUCAGUAUAUGCAGCUGGGCGGUCGUGUGCUGCUUAUCCUCAUGUUCAUGACCCUGUUGCGCUUUAGUGCCAGCUUUUUCUCUAUCUUCCAAGACAUCUUUGGCCUGACCCUCAUCAUCCUGGUUGCCAUCGGCUAUAAGACUAAGCUGGCAGCUCUGACCCUGGUCCUGUGGCUCAUGAUCAUCAAUGUUCUUCAGAACGCCUUCUGGACUAUACCCUCGUACCGCCCCAUGCACGACUUCCUGAAGUACGACUUCUUCCAGACCCUGUCUGUCAUGGGGGGGCUGCUGCUGGUGGUGGCCCUGGGCCCCGGCGGGGUCUCCAUGGAUGAGCACAAGAAGAAGUGGUGAUCGGCCUCACGUGGACACCAUUGAUAGGAUGCCCUUCACGUUACAUCCGAUAGCAUUAUGCCAUCUGACUGGAACAUUCCAUUCAGCGGUGGGGGUGGGGGGGGAAGCUUGGCAUUGAAUGUUCUAAUCAGUGAGGGAGCUUCUAAUUGUAAUUACUUCAUAUAGUAAAGUGAUGCCAGUGAUGGGCAUCCAUAGCUUACCAAGCUGUGCCCAUACUGGCGUAUCCUAUGCCACCCGAGCAGGGAAAAGAAUACGACAAACCUGACCCCCCCCCCCCCAAACAAUCCUCCGGUCACACUACCUGCAUGAGUCACUACAAUGGCGGGGCCCCUCCGUAAUCACUGGAAACGUAAUCCAUCUCCCAUAAUAAAGAGUCACAAUACGGGAUCCGACACCUAUAGAAAUAUUUUAUUGCAUCAGCAAUAUUUGUAUGAACAUUUUUUAAAUAAAAGACUUAUUU